GUUGGAAAGUUGGGGAGCUGCCGGCGCCUGCUGAUUGGUGCAGAUUCCUCCCCACUCGCGCAAGGGCUGCUGGUUGGCGCAGUCGUGGGGUCCGCGCAUGCGCAGUGGCUGCCUUCUCUGCCGACCGUUAGCGGUGUCUCCACUAAAAUACAGGAACCAUGGACGACAACCUGGAUUUCACAACUGGAGAUGCUGGGGCUUCUGCCACCUAUCCUAUGCAGUGCUCUUCUUUGCGCAAGAAUGGGUACGUGGUUCUGAAAGGGCGCCCUUGCAAGAUUGUUGAAAUGUCAACAUCUAAGACUGGCAAGCAUGGGCAUGCUAAGGUUCAUAUGGUUGGCCUUGAUAUAUUCACUUCAAAGAAGUAUGAAGAUAUCUGCCCUUCUACCCAUAAUGUGGAUGUCCCUAAUGUCAAGAGAAAUGAUUAUCAGUUGAUUGGAAUUACUGAUGGCUAUCUUUCACUGAUGACGGAUAGUGGAGAAAUUCGUGAGGAUCUUAAACUGGCAGAAGGCGAACUGGGCAAAGAAAUCUUACAGAAAUUUGACGCUGGAGAAGAUAUAAUGAUCACAGUUCAACAAGCCAUGAAUGAAGAGGCUGCCGUUGCCAUCAAGCCAAUGGCCAAACAGUAAGCGGGGAAUCAGCAGCCAGUACUGACCACUCAGGCCAAACUCUUGGGAUCUAAAUUGGAUUAAUUAUCGCCAAAGUAAUGGCCUUUGCAAAACGACCUCAUCUCCUUCAAAUUAUUUUCCCGAUGACGCCAGACGGACGUGACCUUAUUGCCCAGCCAGCUUGCCAGUGUUCACUGCGGACUGAUCGGCACUGUACUAAAUCACGGCUCUUGGUGCUCCCAAAUAAAAGCUUGAUGUAACGUUUACUGGAGUUGGUCCUCUUUGUUAGUAGAGCUGACCUGUAGAAUGAGUUCAGACAGCCACUUUCCCUGUGAUCCUCUGCCAAUCCGCCUUGCUUUGAGGGUUUCUGUACCACAGGGUGAGCAGCUAACAGCAACCAAGAUGUAUUACCUCGGUUAUAAUCCCAGCGCUUCUUGAAUUUUUUAUUUAGGCUGCUCAUCCUGUAAAUUUCCAUUAUUACAAUGCUGGCGCUUGUCCUGCCUCGAUGUUCCGAUUGUUUUAUAUACAGGCGUUUUAAGAA